AUGUCGUUCCUGCCAUCGUUCUCCUCGCUAGGAGCAUCGACGGCUUCCCCCUCUACGUCCUCAUCGCAUGCCACGUUUAAACCCGCAUCCCUCUCGUACUUCACCAUCUUUUGUCCAGCACUCAAGCCGGCAAAGAGGAGAUCUGGAGAUCUGCCCAAUGAAGGGUCAUCACAGUCGGCUGCCACCGCACAAGAAGAAGCAGAGGAUGAAGACGCCCGCGAGACAGCAAGGGAAGCCGCCCAGAUUCUGUUCUACACCAGUCGAGCUCGCGCUGCGCUCAAAGACCGAAUGCUGCGUCAGAUCGGCGUAGCCAAAGGAAUGAUCGAGUUCUGCAAAAUGGUCUCCAAUCCGAGCCUUGGCGAUGGAUCCGACACGCCGAGCAAGGGCCGUUCCUGGAACGUUCACUCGAGCAAACGUCGAAUGGUCCUCAUCGAAGCAGAACCAGGGAUAUGGGUACAUGCGAGCAUCGACCUUCCAUACACCGUUCGAACGACUGCGGAACCAAAUGCAAAGCAGAUCAAAGAGCAUCACGAUGCACUGCUGCCAGACGUGUGGGUGGAAGAAAGCAUCCGACGCGCUUGGAGGGACUGGGUUCUGCUCAACGGAUGUCCUGCCCACGUCUUGUCGCAGAAAGCGGGACGUGCAGGGCUAGAGAGGUCGCUGGAAAAGUACUUUUCUGUUUGGACCUGGAGCUGGGAUCUGGAGCUGGCGACCAAUGCAGACGUGGUUCAGUCAAGGGGGCUUUUCACGGAUUGCGUCGAUGGGUUCCCAGUGGUCGCUAGAGCACCUCGUUCGAAGCUGGCACAACUGAUGGACACGGAAGCGGCUCAAGGAUUGAAUAAGGGCAAACAUGGCCAACGAGACGUGGUGGUGCUGUUAGAUACGCUGGUGCUGUGGCCGCCUACCGACGCCGGCUGUCUUGACUCAGAGGACGAACGAGAAGACGCAGACGAGUCAGGAUCGAUCCUCAAGCGCAGCAAGUCGAGCCCCUCAUCACACCAGGUGGUCGAUCCGCAGACCAAAGCGGAUCUGCUUCGACGUGUUGCCAGCCACCUUACCGGUCUCGAAAGAGAACGCGACCUGAUUCGAGCAGCUUCGGCCUCGAGCACCUCCGAUGGUCGCAAAAGGGGCACGUCGGGCGCGAUCCGCGAACGCGGCACCUCCGGUAGUAAGAUGAGCAAACGAGACAUGCGCAAUGAACUGCUCUCCGCCAGCACAGCCAACAAGAAGCGCGUCGUAUCGUCUCCUGCUAUGCAGCAACGGUCAACGAGCGCUUCGAGCUUCGCUUCUUCGACCACGGCGGACUCGACGAAAUGGUCCAAUUGGGGCAGCAUGUUCAGUGGCCUCGGCAAACUCGGUUUUCGAGGCAACGCUGAUACUUCAGCCCAGAGCGAGGCGACGAAUACAAGUACCGCGGUAGACGCUUCGAACACCGAGCCAGAGGCUGCAGAUAUCUCUACCGUCACCUCUGACCUCAGUGCAAUCAACACAGGUGUUGUGGAGCAAGAAGAGCCGUCCUCCUCCUCACCGAUAGAAGCUCUUACCCGCAGGAAAGAUGCUAAGGAGGGCGAUAGCGCAGAAUCUUCGAGCCCACUGCAUUUCUUUCAGCAGAGACUUGCAGACGCGAUUCCGAUUCAAGAAGCUGGAGGCAAGAUGUGGAAUGGCGCUGAACUAGCGUUCCGUGGCAUCGGCGCUUCGCUCGGGCUGGCCAACGUUCCCGUUCCUGACAAACAGGAAAACGAGAACAACAAGUCUGCUUUAUCAUCGAGACCUGCGCAAGAUGGAGACGUAUCGGAAAGCGACCGCUUCGCCGAUGCCUCCUUCGACACGAACGGCGCCGAUCUCGAUGCUAGUGUCGUGACCAAAGUGUCGAUCCUGGAGCCUGAGGUGGAUGUCAGCGAGCUGGCUGAAGCGCUUGGCGCAGAUGAAGAUCGGUCGGCGGAUCUGUCAGUACCCGAAGCGACGCCGCUGCCGGACGACUCUGGAGCAGAUCUCCUAGCCAAGAGCAAGAUGGCAACCGAGCCUGAUCACCCGACAAAGCCUUCACUGAAGCUGGACACAGCAGCGGUGCCAGUCGAAUCCUCUGGAAGCGAUCCAAUCUCGCCUCCGGAUGAGAGUCGUGCCUCCGAUGCCGCAUCGAUCAAGACCAGCGCCAGCGCCAAAGCGUUUCCUUCGAUCUCGGUGACAUCUGCAGCGUGGUACAACACCAAAGCGCUUCGUUCGAACCCUGCAGCGGCUUCACCCAAGCAUGCCACUGCAGCCAGCAUUUUCAGCAGCCCUCAAAACAAGCUCAAUGUCGAACGCAGGGAAGCACCAGAUCCGGUGGACACAUCGCUGAGCGGCGUCUCGGUGCAAUCGGAACAUCACGAUUUUGAGCUCGACGGCUGGGGCCACGAACAGCCACAGCCAUUCCAGACGAUCCGAUGCUACGUCGGGGAAAGCGACGAACCUAUAUCACACGAGACCCUGACGCUGCUACAGAAGCAUCCGUUUCAGAGCGACGAAUACCGGAUCUCGUUCACGACACGACGUCUGCUGACACUGGUGCUGAUCGAAAAGGUGCCCUCGACCACCGGCUCGACACUCUUCUCCGAGGGCACGGAUACCAGUGGUGCACUCGAAGAUGCCUGGCAAGUGCUCCGACGAACGCAACGGAUCCUCAACGACCACGACCGCAUCGCGAAAUCCAAAGGACAGGACGGUGACUCGGCGGUUCGAUUCCUGCACGUGGACGGACCGACGCUGACAUUCCAAUCGUCGCUCGAGGAGGAAGCCGACAAGAUGGAGCCAGAUGUGCGGGUGGUGGCAGAAGCACAUUGCACAUCUGCCAUGGAGCUCAUGCGUCGUCACGGAGUCGUAGAGACCUUUUCGCGAUCGAGCAACGGCAAGACGUGGACUGCUAGUCGACAGGGUGCGUCGAAGGGGACGACGGCGGGUGCACAAAAUCAGACGUAUAUGGUGCUGGCAGGCAAGAAGAUCAGCAUCGUCGACUGCGACAACGAGUUGAGGAAGCUGGCGAACCAGUAUCCCAGCUUUGGCAUCUGA